ACAUUGUUUGUGGAACAUCCGGUUUUAUUAUGUACUAGUAGUACUAGUUUUCAUAAUAUAAAUAUUGGACUCGGCUGGAUGAGUACUUUGAAAAUGGUGUUCAACAGAAUGAAAAGCUUUAUAUCUUAUUGGUAUCUACAAUAUCUAUUGGCAACAUCUGUUUAUAUGCUGGAGCCAUUAGAAAGAAGAAUAUUCAAUUGUUUUUUGAUUGUUGUGCUGGCAAUGUUUUUGUAUACCAGCUACGUUUUUUUACCAGGCCAUGCCAGAAUGUUUAUGUACUUCGUUGAUGCUUACAUACUAGGAGGGAAUCAGCCAGAUGUUACUGUUAAAGGAACAUAGUAAAUCCAAGAAGUGGUCAUAAACCGAAGACUUUUUUCAUCAUGAAAAGGGUGCUAAUGGCAUUGCAACAUUGACAAUGAGUACACGACUAGAAGUGGAUGUGUGCUACAUAUUUGACACUGAAAUCUUCACCUUUAAUGCUGUAUAGAAGUAAUUACAGAAGAUUUCCUUUUGCAAUGAACUUUAGAAAUCAGAAUUCAAAAUAGUCAAGGUUAUGUUUUUCAUAAUCCAGUAACUACACCAACAGCUGUUAGAUUAUGUGUUCAUAUGAUAUACAGAGGGUUCAGUUGUUCAUGUCGUCCUCAUAUAACUUAUGUACAGUGCAUGUAUUUGCAGGUAUCAGUGAUUUUAGAUUUUCUAAAGGACUUUUAAACAUGCUGACAUAAAAAUGUGGGCUUAUAAUGCUAUGUUGCCUGAUUGUCUAUCCACAUAAUGUUGUUGGUUCAUCUCCUUUGUAACUAUAACAGAUUCCAUUGUUGUAUGGUGGCCAUGAUAGGUAUCUUGUAAUUUAGCAUGUGGAUGUGGGUUUCGAACAUGGGGUCUAGCCUGUGUAGUAGGGAAAAUGGGCAGGGGUUUUAAGAUUUUGUUCAUACUUCUCCUUGGUUUUGGUAAUAUAAUGUGGGCAUAUCAUGCACACAGGCACCUGAGGUUUAGACCCACACUCCCUAUGAUUAAAAUAUAUUUAAUCCAAUAAACCUGUAUAAAUUAAGAGUGGAAAAUGGCAUUGGGAAUUGAAAAUGGGUACAAUAGACUCCACAAAUUUAAUGGAAAUAUUUCUUAUUAUUUUUGCACACUGAAGGCAGGGGGAUCAAAGAGAAUGUGGGUCUACACUUCAGUUGCCUGUGAUCAUGCACCUAUGUAGUGUUGCUUGAUUUUUUUUCAGUUACCUAUGAUCACGCACCUAUGUAGGGUUUCCUGAUUUUUUUAUUAAUUGCAAAGACAAAAAAAAACAUUCAUCUAUAUGUAUUUGAACACAAUGUAUCAUAUGUAGGGGAGGUAUGGGAGUGUCGGGUUUAAAAUUUGCAAUAUUCAAUUAGUGUUCAUUAAACUUAAUAUAAUUACCCAUGAAGGAUAAGUUCAGGUAAGCAUUGUAAGAGUGAUUUAUAACUGCCUCUGACCAGAUACAAUUAGUGUCUCAGCUCUAGCUGGGGUUUGUUUUUGUUUAUUGUACAUAUACGCAAAACCAGUAAAUUGCCAUAUUGAAAUUUUGAUCAAGUACUUCUUGCUCCAAUGUUAUGUUUAGAUGUUUUUUAAAAAUGUAUUGGUUGUAUUUCCUCAUUUUACUAGGGGCCAGUAUGUAUUCAGAAUAAAUGUCCUAGUUUUGAGUCCUACACAUAUUAUUUCGUAUGUCUAAAUUUUGCCCAGUUAUUCUGAAUUGAAAUUCAUUUUUCAUGCAUUUUAUUGUAUUAAAUGUUUAUGAUGUUACAGAAAUACAUUUACAAUGAUUGUUACAUAAUUUUCAUCAAAUAUUUUGAGAGCCAAAGGAUCAGUUGCUUGCCAAUAAAAAUAUUGAACC